AUGCUGUUUUUCCUGGCGUCUGGCUUAAUUCGCCUGUCGAUUCUGGCUUUCAUUCCUCGUCUUAGUCGAGAUCGUGUCUUUAUACGGUGCGUCUGGGGUAUCGGCAUUGUCAUCGUUUCGAUCACUCUAGUAGUAUUUAUCUUCUUCCUCCUAGAGUGCAAACCUAUCGGCGACCUCUUUGACGGCAUGAAUCCUGAUAGAAAUUGUGUCAGCCAAAAAUCGGAAGCUCAUUUAAUGUGGGGUCAUGCUUUCAUUGGGAUUUUGAUCGAUGCCGCGCUAUUCGGGCUGCCAAUCUGGGUCAACCACAAAAAUAUGACGUUUGGUUCCAAGGCGAUAAAAGUUAUUCUCGUCUUCUGUGUUGGUUUGGCUGCCAUCGUUAUGGGAAUUCUUCGACUUGGCUUCAUGAUAACUACUGACUUUGCCGUUGACACGACUUACAAAAUGGCUCGAGUUGCCGCUUGGGUGACGCUUGAAUUGCAUGUUAGACUCUGGUGUGGCAGCUUUCCUGCUCUUCAGCCUCUGCUUCGCCUUGUUUCCUAUAAGGUCGGUCUCUGA